AAGAUGCAAUCAUGCAUGAGGAGAAAAAUCAGGUGACCUUUUCAUCUUACUUCCACUCUUUCUUCUUAAAGCAAAGCCAACAGCCAGUAUGCCUGGAGGUAAUGAAGAUAGAGAUACAGAGCUAGUUCCAGGACCUCCUGUCCGUAGGUUCACUUGGAAAGAACUAAGCCAGCUAAAUACAAGAGAGAAUGCUCACGUCGCUUACAGAGGAAAGGUUUACGAUGUUAGCUCAUUCGUGUCUCGCCAUCCAGGAGGCUUAGAGCAGAUCCUCCUGGGGGCUGGUCGGGAUAUAACACAGUUAUUUGAAUCCUACCACAAAACAGACACUUUUAAAAACGUUUUAGAAAAGUAUUACGUUGGCGAAUUGAUCGAUAAUGAGAUGCCGGUAUUUCCAGAGAGAGGUGAGUUUUACGUGACACUCAAGAAGAGGGUUGAGACCUAUUUUAAAGAGAACAACAUUGACCCAAAAGUCGAUUAUUGGAUGUUUUUCCGAUACUUUCUCUUUUUUGUUCUACUCAUAUUUAGUCAAGCAAUGGUGAUAUAUUUUCAAGACUCUUGGAUCUUAGGUAUCACGUGCUCUUUCUUCUGGGGGUUCUUUUCCGCUCUUGUUGCCAUGACAUGCACACAUGACUCCAGUCAUUUUGCCAUUACUCACAAGCCUUGGGUUUGGAAGAUGGUAGGCCAUGUUCAUGAUUUUUACCAAGGCUGCUCACUUCACACCUGGAUAUAUCAGCACACAUUAGGCCACCAUCCCUACACUAAUAUUGAUGGAGCUGAUCCUGAUAUUGUUACAGCCGCUUCUGACGUUCCUGAUAUUCGUCGCAUCAAGUGGCAACAAAAAUGGCUGCCGCGUUAUUUCUAUCAACAUGUAUACGUACCUAUGCUUUACUGCUUUCUUGGAAUUAAAACAAGACUGCAAGACUUCCAUAUUGUCUUUACUAAGAGGAACUCUACCAUACGAUUGAAUCCACUCAUUUUGAGACAAUGGUUGAUAUUGUUUGCAGGGAAGAUCAGUCACUGCAUUAUCCGUUUUUAUAUUCCUAGCCUCUUCAUGCCACUCUCGUCAGUUUUAUUUUACAACCUGAUUGCUGAAAUGUCUGGCAGUUACUGGUUGGCUCUCAUAUUUCAGACAUCACAUGUCAUCAGUGAAGUUGAAUGGCCCAAGCCAGACAAGGACAACAAGGUUCACAUGGAUUGGGCUGAGCUACAAGUAGCCACUACACAAGACUAUGCCACUGACAGCUGGUUCUGGACAGUCUUCACUGGAGCCUUGAACCAUCAAACAACUCAUCAUCUCUUUCCCGGUGUCAUACAGUCCCACUAUCGUCUCAUUACUCCUAUAAUAAAGAAGACCUGCGAGGAAUUUGGUAUCAAGUAUCACUACGUUGAUACGACUAAAGAAGCUCUCGGAUGUCAUCUUGAACAUCUUCGUAGACUUGGCCAGGAAGAGGUUGACAAGGAUAAAUAACACUUUAAAACGAGAACAUACACAAAAAUUAUUAUUUAUGUUUUUUUGUGAACUUGUGAUGAUGCAUGUAAAGUCUAUAAUAGUGCAGUUUUUAACUAGUUGCUAAUAAUAAUAAUUAUUAUUAUACGUAAA